CAGAAGCUUUAUUAUUCAUUGCUAUAAUGAGCUUCAAGCUCAUAAUGUGUAAUGUGUUGCUGUUGGUGGUGUUUGCUUGUUCACUGAUUGGUCAUGCUGCAGCCUCUGUGUCCUAUGACAGUAAGGCUAUCACCAUCAAUGGACAAAGAAGGAUACUACUUUCUGGAUCCAUUCAUUACCCCAGAAGUACCCCUGAGAUGUGGCCAGAUCUUAUCCAAAAGGCCAAGGAAGGAGGUUUGGAUGUGAUUCAGACUUAUGUUUUCUGGAAUGGGCACGAACCUUCACCUGGCAAAUAUUAUUUUGAGGGGAACUAUGAUCUAGUGAAGUUCAUAAAGCUGGUACAGCAAGCAGGCCUCCAUGUUCACCUGAGAAUUGGUCCUUAUGUCUGUGCUGAGUGGAACUUUGGCGGUUUCCCAGUUUGGCUCAAGUACAUUCCAGGUAUCAACUUCAGAACAGACAAUGGACCAUUUAAGUUUCAAAUGCAAAAAUUUACAACGAAGAUAGUCAAUAUGAUGAAAGCAGAAAGGUUAUACGAGUCUCAGGGUGGUCCAAUAAUUCUAUCUCAGAUUGAAAAUGAAUAUGGACCUAUGGAGUAUGAAAUUGGUGCUCCUGGUAAGGCCUACACUCAGUGGGCAGCACAUAUGGCUGUAGGACUUGGUACUGGGGUUCCAUGGGUCAUGUGCAAACAAGAUGAUGCUCCUGAUCCUGUUAUUAACACUUGCAACGGCUUCUAUUGUGAUUAUUUCUCUCCAAAUAAGGCUUACAAACCAAAGAUGUGGACAGAAGCUUGGACUGGCUGGUUUACUGAGUUUGGAGGUCCAGUUCCUCAUAGACCUGCUGAGGACAUGGCAUUUUCAGUUGCAAGGUUUAUACAGAAAGGGGGAUCAUUUGUCAACUAUUACAUGUAUCAUGGGGGAACGAAUUUUGGUCGAACUGCUGGUGGUCCAUUCAUUGCUACCAGCUACGAUUAUGAUGCACCUAUUGAUGAAUAUGGGCUUCUCAGGCAGCCAAAGUGGGGUCAUCUGAAGGAUUUGCACAGAGCAAUAAAACUUUGUGAACCUGCUUUGGUAUCUGGAGAUCCUACUGUAACACGGCUUGGAAACUAUCAAGAGGCUCAUGUCUUCAAAUCAAAAUCUGGAGCUUGUGCUGCAUUCCUUGCAAACUAUAAUCCACAAUCUUAUGCAACAGUGGCAUUUGGAAAUCUUCAUUACAACUUGCCUCCUUGGUCUAUAAGCAUUCUUCCUGACUGCAAGCACACUGUUUAUAACACUGCAAGGGUUGGUUCCCAGAGAGCACAGAUGAAGAUGACUCGUAUUCCAAUUCAUGGAGGACUCUCUUGGGAAGCAUUUAAUGAAGAGACAACCUCUACUGAUGAUAGUUCCUUCACUGUGACUGGCCUGUUGGAGCAGAUAAAUACAACCAGAGAUUUAUCUGACUACUUGUGGUACUCUACAGAUGUUGUCAUCAAUCCCAAUGAAGGAUUCUUGAGGAAUGGAAAGAAUCCUGUUCUUACAGUAUUAUCUGCUGGGCAUGCUAUGCAUGUUUUUAUCAAUAGUCAGCUGUCAGGAACUGUAUAUGGAAGCCAAGAAUUCCCCAAACUAACCUUUAGUGAGAGUGUGAAGCUCAGAGCUGGUGUUAACAAAAUCUCCCUUCUAAGUGUUGCAGUUGGGCUCCCGAAUGUUGGUCCACAUUUUGAAACAUGGAAUGCUGGUGUUCUUGGCCCAAUUACAUUAUAUGGUCUCGAUGAGGGGAGAAGGGACUUAACUUGGCAGAAGUGGUCAUACAAGGUUGGUCUUAAAGGUGAAGCCUUGAGUCUUCAUUCUCUUAGUGGAAGUUCCACUGUUGAGUGGCUUCAGGGGUAUUUAGUUUCCAGAUGGCAGCCAUUGACAUGGUACAAAACUACCUUUGAUGCCCCAGCUGGAAGUGCACCAUUGGCUUUAGACAUGGGCAGCAUGGGCAAAGGUCAAGUGUGGAUAAAUGGGCAGAGUCUGGGCCGCUACUGGCCUGCUUAUAAAGCAUCUGGUUCUUGUGAUUACUGUGACUAUGCUGGAAGUUAUAAUGAGAAGAAAUGCACAAGCAACUGCGGCGAGGCUUCUCAACGAUGGUAUCAUGUUCCUCAUUCAUGGUUGAAGCCAACUGGAAACUUAUUGGUUUUGUUUGAGGAAUUGGGUGGAGAUCCCAAUGGGAUCUUUUUGGUUAGAAGGGAUAUAGAUAGUGCAUGUGCUGAUAUUUAUGAAUGGCAGCCAAAUCUUGUAAGUUAUCAGAUGCAAGCUUCUGGCAAAGUCAGCAAACCUGUGAGACCAAAAGCACAUUUGUCAUGUGGUCCUGGACAAAAGAUCUCAUCAAUCAAAUUUGCUAGCUUUGGCACCCCAGUAGGGUCUUGUGGAAACUACCAUGAAGGAAGCUGUCAUGCCCACAAGUCAUAUGAUGCUUUUGAAAGGGUUUUAUUGUUGCAGAAUUGUGUUGGGCAGAACUGGUGUGCAGUGACAGUCUCACCUGAAAUUUUUGGAGGAGAUCCAUGUCCAAAAGUCAUGAAGAAACUCUCAGUGGAGGCCAUUUGCACCUGAUCAUUUUCAAACUCAGAAAAUAAAUGGAAUAAAAGGCUCCAGAUUGAACUUUUCUGCUAUUCAAUAUAGGCUUUUUGGGUGAACUAAGUUUUACACUUCUAUAUCAUCACAAGCAUUGGUUUGGCUUUACCAAGGUGAAGUUGCAGAAGAACACAACACACCAUCUGGUUGAAAGCCUGUAAAGAUUGUUGGGAUGAUUGUGGAUAUGUGUAUAUAUAUAUAUUGGUGUUCAGCUUGUUAUACAGAGGUGAAGGAUGAAAAUUUGCUUGAUGCACAUUGAGAUGACACCAAUGGAGUCCAUGUGCAAAUUUGUGGGGAAGUCUCUUGCUUCCUAUAGUGUUGUAAUUUUCCAUUGUAGCUG